AUGGCCGACAACGUUCUUACUUCAAGUGCCGAGAUUGGCGCUCAAGCUAUCAAUGUUCGCGCAGAAUUGAAAACAUGGGAGAAAGCCUUCGCGUCGGCCAAUGGGGGCCGCAAAGCCGGACGCGAUGAUAUCAAAAAAGACGCGGAUAUCGCGGCCAAAUACAAGGAGUACAGUCGCCUUAAGGCCCUCGAAGCAUCCCUAAGCCGACGCGAAAACAGUCGACAGGAGCCAUAUGGAAGUCACUCGAAAAAGCGGAAACAUGCAUCCCCCCCUGGUCAGGAUAGUGCAUAUGUUCAAGUUACACCCCGCAAAUCGUCUAGGGGACUCUUUGCGACUCCAUCCAACAAUCGCACCAAGCACCACCCUGCACAACUCGAUCCGUAUGACUCGCCGUCGACGCUUCGGAGACUAUUUAGUCCCAGUACACAUCGGCAAGGAUUACCAGCACCGUCACCAUUGAAGGCUGCAAUUGGGCCUACGCCUCAGCGUGAUGGAAGGACAUUGGGCCUGUUCGACAUGCUAUCUGAAUCUGGUGGGAGUGGUGGAACACCAUCCGCCUCAAGGCAAACGGAUAACCUAGCUGCCGCGUUCCGAACACCCUCUAAACGAAGGCCCGUGGAUACGAUCCCCGAGGCCCCGGAAGUAGAGGCUCAGCAGGAGACGCCCAGGCUUGCGCGAACCCCUGCCUCUGAGACCAAGCAGUUCUAUCUUGCAAACCUAUUUGCAACACCGACCACGAUGCGUUAUGCCGCUAUGGUGGAAGCGGAUGAUAACACAGAUGCACAGAAGACAAAUUCGCUAAACCCGGCGCCUGAAAUAUCACCCCAAGAAGCGCAGUCUGGGACACCAUCUUUCCUCCGUCGCUCGAACUCUGGUCGAUAUCCUCCACCUAGCGAAAAGCAGGAUGGUCCAGGACUCAGUCCUAUUGUUUCGCGCAAGCCGCAAAGAUUUGCCAGCAAGGGGCUAACGCAUUUGGUUCAAGGACUACGGGACAUGGAGGAAGAUCGUAUGGACGAAGACUGGGAGGUGAUGCGCGAGAUGGAGGAAGAGGCAGAAGCGGAAGAGGCUGCCAAGAUCCAAGUUGAGGAUAGCCAAGGGCUAGAUGUGAACCGGAAAUACAAGAAGAAGGGCCAGAAGCGGACCACACGAAGAGUGAUUAUGAGGCCGGUUAUUCAUCAGCCGAAGCCCAGAUCAAACCCGGCUCCUGCGACGAAUGAGGACUUGGAACAUGAGGAUGAUGUUACAGCAGUUCUGGAGACGCAACAGCCACCUGCUGCUAAUGACGGCUGGGAUGAUGUCCCAAGUGACAUUGAGCGGGCGGACGAGGCCGCUUCCCUUCACACCAUGUCAGAGCCCGAGCUUGAUACCGAGGCCGAGUCUGAUCCGGACUCCGACGAUGAUCCCGAAUUUGGAGAACAACCAAAACCUGUUGCCAGACCGAAGACUUUCUCGGAGAGAAUCAAGGAAGCUGUUUCGUCCUCUGCUGCGAAGCCACAGGAACAAGAACCCAUGGGCAAACCUCUGAAGAAGCCCUCCGAGACUGCUGAAGCAAAGAAACCUCGUGUCCGGAAGGUCAAUCCCCAAGCUCAUGCAAACUAUCGAUCAAUCAGCAUUAACAGAGGUUCCUCACGGGGUAGAGGGCGUUUCCGCCGAAAGUAA